AUGAGAGCAAAGAUUCUUUUGACUGCACAACAGUGGACGUCGCUUCCCGUGGUUGUUCGGGCUCUUCAGGAGACCCACACUGACCUGCUGGUUGAUGAAGAUCAGCUAGCCCCAUCUUCCCUGCUCUCUGAUCUUGAUCCUGCUCUUCCGAUCCCCUUGUCCUAUCCAACUGCCUUCUGGGACUUUAUACAGAGAUGCCAAUACAGACGACAAAACCAGCAGUCUUCAUCUGACUCUGGUUCCUCCUUCUCCUCAGAAGUUGAACGACCCAAGAGAUCCCAUGUGAAGAAUGGUGAGGUUGGCAGGCAGCGGAGACAUUCCCCUUCCCGGAGUGCUUCUCCAUCACCACGAAAGCGCCAAAAAGAGACUUCCCCUCGUGGUAGACGGAGGAGAAGUCCAUCCCCACCACCCACCAGAAGGCGACGGUCUCCUUCUCCCGCCCCUCCUCCUCGACGGCUCAGGACUCCCACACCACCACCACGACGAAGGAGUCCUCCUCCUCCCCUAUGUCGGCGCUCACCUUCUCCUAGAAUAUACUUUCCUCCAAUACAGAGGAGAUACUCUCCUCCUCCACCUCCAAAGAGAAGAACGGCUUCACCUCCUCCUCCUCCUAAACGAAGAGCAUCACCAUUUCCACCACCAAAGCGGCGGGUCUCCCAUUCUCCACCUCCCAAACAAAGAAGCUCCCCAGUCACCAAGAGACGUUCACCUUCAUUAUCAUCCAAGCAUAGGAAAGGGUCUUCCCCAAGCCGCUCUACCCGGGAGGCCCGAUCACCACAACCAAACAAAUGGCAUUCGCCCUCACCACGGCCUCGAGCUCCUCAGACCUCCUCAAGUCCUCCACCAGUUCGAAGAGGAACGUCGUCAUCACCCCAAAGAAGGCGGUCCCCAUCUCCAAGUACUAGGCCCAUUAGGAGAGUCUCCAGGACUCCGGAACCUAAAAAGAUAAAAAGGGCUGCUUCCCCAAGCCCACAGUCUGUAAGGAGGGUCUCAUCCUCCCGAUCUGUCUCUGGGUCUCCUGAGCCAGCAGCUAAAAAGCCCCCAGCAUCUCCAUCCCCCGUCCAGUCUCAGUCACCGUCUACAAACUGGUCACCAGCUGUACCGGUCAAAAAGGCCAAAAGCCCAACACCGAGCCCAUCACCGCCAAGAAAUUCAGAUCAAGAAGGAGGUGGAAAGAAAAAGAAGAAAAAGAAGGACAAGAAACACAAAAAGGAUAAGAAGCACAAGAAGCACAAAAAACACAAGAAGGAAAAGGCUGUGGCUGCAGCUGCUGCAGCUGCUGUGACCCCUGCAGCCGCUGCAGCUGCUGUGACCCCUGCAGCCGCUGCAGCUGCUGUGACCCCUGCAGCCGCUGCAGCUGCUGUGACCCCUGCAGCCAUUGCAGCUGCCACAACCACAUUAGCACAGGAAGAGCCAGUGGCAGCGCCAGAGCCGAAGAAGGAGACUGAAAGUGAAGCUGAAGAUAACCUUGAUGAUUUAGAAAAGCACCUGCGUGCAAGGGCCCUGAGAUCAAUGAGGACUUUUUUUUUGAGAAUUAGGAUCUCUAUUUAA